AUGCCCAGCCUCCCGGGGCCCCUGCCGAGGGCUGACGCCAUUCGCCAGCUCCUGCCCUGGCUCUUCCUGGCCGCUGGGAGACCAGACGACCGGGGCCUGGAGGCCUUGGCCACCCAGCACGCGCUGAGUACGCUGCGCACCCUGGACCUCUCGCGCUUCGCGGAGGGCUCCGUCAGCGGCCUUCCCCCGCACGUGCGCUGGGUGGGGUCGGACAAGGCGCCCUGCCCGACCAUCGCGGCCUCCGCCGCGCUGGCCCGGCUGGCCGUGCGGGCUGAGCUUGGGAGAAAGCGCGGGCACGACGCGCGGGGCCCGGAUUCGGCCGGCCCCACCGACGCGGUGCUGGCGAUGCACCACCCGCGCCACGCCCCCUUUGUGUCGGAGGCCCUCUGGCUGGUGCUGCAGUACCACUGGGGCAUGCCAGCCCCGGAGGCCAUAGAGAUAGUGUCCGACAUCUGUGGCUGCGCGCCCAUCCCCGCCCAGGCCUCGGCCACGGCACUGGAGCUGGAGCGCUUCGUGCGCGGCUGGUCUCGGCGCGUGACCCUGGCCUGGCCCUACGGCGGCGCCAGCGUGGAGGUGGUGGGCGACCUGGUGGGCGGCUGGCACUGCCGCGUCCCGCUGCAGUACAACUCCUGGCGCCGCGAGUGGCGCCUGCAGCUGCUGGGCCUGGCCCCCGGCCUGCACCGCUUCAAGUUCAUCGUGGACGGGCGGUGGUGCGCGGACGUGCACGCGCCGCUGGAGCACGACUUCUGGGGCAACGCCAACAAUGUGCUGCGCGUGGGCGAGGGGGGCCGGGGCGGCGACGCCAUCGCGACGCUCGGCGCGGCGCUCCUCUCCUUCUACUGCAAGCUGCGCUGA